CGAGUCCGGUGCAGACGUGCAGAAUCACAACGGGUCCUGCCCACAGGAGGUCCGUGUCCGCGUUACGGGUUGCGUUACUGGUAGUUACUUUUUUUUUCUCUUGUGUGCAUGUAUAAGUGACAAAAUUUGACCAGUCAUCAUUUGUUAGGCUCUGAGAUCAUCAACCGCUGUGGGGACCCCAAAGCGGCGGAAGUGAGUCCACAAUGGGUCAGUGCUGUUUUGAUCAAGGUUAGUGCCGUGUUACUUUUGGGAGGCCCAGACGGAAGUGAUUAAGGUGGUUUAUUGAAAUCGUUCGACAGAUCCCAGUUGUGGGAAGAAACAGUAUAACUGUGUUAUCACAUAACAAGCUAGAAAAAUUGGGUAAUGUGAGCUACAAUUUUCCGUUUUGUGAUUCUGUAAGUGAGUGAAAUGAAGAGAAUGUUGUGAUGAAUUAACUGUGAAUUGAGAAUUUGUUCCGGUCCAUAUUAAUCGACUACCAAGCCUGAAAAGUUUUUGAAACAUCAAGCCAAAAAGGAACAAUCAAUUCCAAAUGGAAGCAUCCUGUGCUAUCGCUGAUUUCAUGAAAAAUUAUAGUUGCUACUAGUGGUGUUUGAAAGUGUUUAGAAUAAUGCAAAUUGGAGCUCAAAUUGACGAAGAAAGUGACCAAAUGGUGCACCCAAAGCAAUCAAGCUGAACGGGUUUUUAUGUGCGACAGUGAAGAAAAAGCAGCGGAAAAAAAAAUAUUGCAAAUACUGACACCAGCGGUUUGCCGCGCGCAAUCGAUGAGUAGGUGAACUUGUUUCUACCUGCCGCCUCCAAAAUAAGAUACAAAAUAUAAACUCCGUGGUCGGCUUGUGUUGGAUACCCUCCGACUAGUGAGUCAAGGUGCAACGUUUGGGGUGAACAAGCGGAACAAGGUACCACGAGUGUAAUUGAAAGUGAAUCACCCAUAUUUGAACAUAUUUCCCGAGGCUUCCGGUCCUGAAGUGUGAGUGCCGCAGUGGAACGCUAUAAAUUUUCAUUGUCUCAUUUUUUCAUACUGCUUACCCUUAGUGACAACAUAUAAUCUACUGUCCGGGAAGACCGGGGAGUGCACACACGUACCAGUGUAUAGCUGUGUGACUGGACGUCGUGACAGGCUAGAAUUAACCGAUAUAACUAUAUUAACACCCCAGCAUUAUUCACGCUCACGCUCGCCUCGGAUAGCAUCCUCGCAGCUCGCACAAAACUUCAAUCCACACCGAAUGAAGAAGGCUUCCCAACCGCCCAACCGCCGCAGUGUGGGACGAAAAGCUUUCAUAUUUUCAUGCUGUUAUUAACUCGCAACAGGCCCCAUUUUACCCCCUCGCUCUCGGAAAGGAGAGUUUAAGAUGUAGUGAGGUUAGCGGCUAGCGGGAAGAGUUCAAGCCUUCGUUCAAAGAUCGUUUACGAGGGUUUCAUUAGCGACGGUGCGAAAAGUGGCCGGCAGACCAUUGCGAACACCACCCGAAUCCGAAAUGUGUCCCAGGAAGCUGAUCCUGGGAGAGUGAAUUCUAUCUUUUUGUUUCUUUUGUGAGGGUUUCGAGGGCUUUUUCGCAAGAAGUAGGGAGUUUAUGCGUGUGUCAGAUUGGGUAGGGGUGCUUCAAAGAAGAUCCACUCGAAGAAAAGUGGACAAAUAUACGGGAGAAGAAAAAAUCUUUUUCAACGGCAGGUCCUUCCAAAAAUUUAUGAACCAAUGUAAACUGUGCGAUUUGAGAAAGCAAAUAGAGGUAGAAAAAAAAGUUGUGGCAAUGAUAACAUACCACAGUGAAAAUGAAAUCAUCUUACCGCAUAAAUCCAACUUGAUGAAGGAAGUUUCAUCUCGUUCAAAAUCCUACAACCAGUGAAAACCAACACAAGUGGUCUACUAUCGUCUACUUACGUGCUCAAAUAAAUGUGAUUUAUGUGUAUUUAAUAACUCGUUGUAAAUUUGUUAAUUUCCAACCAAGGGGUAGCACUCAUUCGAUGAAAAGCAAAUAAACCGGUAAUCAGAACGUACCCUCCGUUUUCAAAUAAAAACUCCCGAGGUGCCCUGAAACGGAGAUUGUAAAUGGAGUGAACGUUUAUUGCAAAAAGUCAUAAAAAUAAUUAAUAUCGCCAUAAUUGGUGAUGGCGCUGCUGGCGUAGUGUUGUGUUGUGUUGUGCGAAUGCAAUAAUAAACUCGACUCCGAACGUCAAGAGCAAGAGGAAACGAACAGCAGCAGUGUUGGCUGAGUACAGGAACCCCCCGGCUGCCAAAAUGGCGAUGGAAUGGAUCACCGCGAUUGAUAAGAGACCCUGUGACAGAAAUCUCCGAGAUUGCGAGCUGAUAUCCUGUCGGUUGCGGCGGGUCGAGCCACUGUGUCGAUUGCCCGGAUCCGCCCUGCAGCAGCUCGCCAUGUGCGGUUUUUACGAAGAUUUGGAGAAAGGAGUGACGCUUUUCCGAGCGGGCGAACAGGGUCGCUACUGGUACGCGGUGCUGGGAGGCCAGCUGGAGGUGCGCUAUCACGGAGCGGAAACGAAGGACAGUAAGCUUGCGGUAACGCUAUGUAAUUUGGGCGUCGGUGCUACCUUCGGAGAGUCCAUCUUACACGACCUGCCCCGCGACAGUACGGUAGUGACGAAAACAACGUGCGAAUUGCUGCGGGUGGAGCAAGCAGAUUUCAGACUGAUUUUCGAGAAAAAUAAGGAAUUAAUGAACGACAUAAUCUCCAACUGUAAAUUAAAAAAUGGCUUUGGACAGAGCAUGCAGACCACCAGUACGGUUCACUCCGGGGUUCAACACCAGGCCUCACCGAUCAAAAAACAGUUAAGCCCGGAUCACCCGAACCCGGCCGCUCCAAUAACAGAGACUCCUAGCCCCGCGAUGGCUCGAAUGGGAUGGGCACUGCGCGCCCUCCUCGUAUCAGACAAUACCAGCUGCCUGAAGGAUCGAAAGAUGGGCGGCAAAUUUAUUCGCAAGUGUGGGCCCGGAACCGAACUCGUUGACUGGCUGCUCAACCUUUCACCGAUUGUACACACCCGGACGCAGGCGGCCGGCAUGUGGCAAGCACUGGUGGAGGAAGGUGUCCUCAGUCAUGUGGCCAAAGAGCAACCGUUCAAGGAUAAAUGCUUCCUCUACCGAUUCAAGGUGGAUGAAGACGGGACAGCGGGCGGUCCACCCACCUCCGAUGACAUCAGCCAGGCGAACGAUCACAUCAGAGAAGCGCUACCGGCUCUGUUACACCGUGGUCCGGAUGCGACGCUGCGGAUGAUCCUCCGGAAGCCAUCCCACGAGCGAACGCACGAAGAGCUGGAGCUGGUGUACGAGGAGUUGCUGCACAUCGCCGCCCUGUCACAUCUGUCCACAUCCAUCAAGCGGGAGCUGGCGUCCAUCAUCGUGUUCGAGGCGCACGCUCAUGCCGGAACUGUGUUGUUCAACCAGGGCGACGAGGGCCGCUCGUGGUACAUCCUGCUCAAGGGGUCAGUGGACGUCGUGAUCCACGGCAAAGGUACCGUCGCGACGCUCAAGGAAGGCGACGAUUUCGGCAAAUUGGCACUCAUCAACGAUGCUCCAAGGGCGGCGACAAUCGUGCUCAAAGAGAACAACUGUCACCUGCUGCGUGUGGAUAAAGAACACUUUAACCGGAUCCUGCGGGACGUCGAAGCCAACACACUACGACUGCAGGAACACGGCAAGGAUGUACUAAUCCUGGAACGGGUAGCAAAACAGCGAGGACACUCGGCUUUCAAAUACACUGUGAUGUCCGGCACGCCCCAGAAGAUGCUGGAACACCUGCUUGAGACGAGACUGGGCGGCCAGGUGGGACCAAACGAUCCUUUUUUAGACGAUUUCCUGCUGACCCACAUCGUAUUCAUGCCCACGCCGAUACUUAUCGACGAACUGGCCAGCCACUACCACGCCGACAGCGAGGUGGACAUGCGGACGGCCAGCGAGGAGGACCAGGAGUACUUCAUCACGUGCAAGCGGCGGGUGGUGCAAUUUAUCCAGCGGUGGGUCCUCGCGGUGCGGCAUGCCGUCUUCGACGACCCGCUGGCGGUGGAAUUCAUUGAGGAAAUUGCAACAGAUGUCGAGUCGGAAGGUCUACUACAAGAGGAAGCCAGCAUCAUACAUCACGUACUAACGCAAUUAUCCCGAUACCAGGAAGAUCGACAGAUGAAUGCGAGUCAGAAGUGGAAACUACCGCCAAACGGACAACCCAUUUGCCUAUUCAGUGGAAACACACCACACUCAAAGACUGUUAUACGACCGGAUGAUGAUAUCAUCUUCCGGGUGUACUGUGCGGACCAUACGUACUGCACGCUACGUUUCCCGAUGUCGGCACCCGCCGAAGUCAUCAAAGCGUGUGCCGCCGACAAGCUGCAGCUAGCGCGAAUGCCCGACGACCUGCUGCUGGUGGAGGUAAAAUCCAACGGCGAGCGGACGGUGUUCAAGGACAACGACGUGAGCAUUCCAACCGCCCUCAGCCUGAACGGACGAAUAUUUGUAUCACCGAAGGACCACCUGGAUGCACUGACUCCCCUGCCGGAGCAGGAGCUUCCGACCGAAGCGCUCGAUAUGGACUUCGAAGCGCUGCCGACCAAGGAUGUCGCCUACCACAUAACACUGUUCGAUUGGGACCUGUUCUGGGCUGUGCAUGAGUACGAACUGCUGUACCAUACCUUCGGCAGACACCACUUCAACAAGAUAACUUCGAACCUCGACGUGUUCGUGAGGCGCUUCAACGAAAUUCAAUACUGGGUUGUGACGGAGAUCGUAUCGACAUCCAAUCUGACGAAACGGAUGAGUCUGGUGAAGAAGUUUAUCAAACUGGCUGCUUUCUGCAAGGACUAUCAGAACUUGAACGCGUUCUUCGCGAUUGUGAUGGGCUUAUCAAAUAUGGCUGUGUCUAGACUUACGUUAACGUGGGACAAACUCCCGUCGAAGUUCCGAAAGUUAUUCUCCGAGUACGAAGCACUGAUUGAUCCCAGCCGAAACCACAGGGCCUAUCGAAUGUCAGUCGGAAAGUUGCAGCCACCCGUUAUCCCCUUCAUGCCACUGCUGCUGAAGGACAUGACGUUCGCCCACGAAGGCAACAAGACUAGCCUGGAAGGGUUGGUGAAUUUUGAGAAAAUGCACAUGAUGGCGCAAACGAUGCGAACGGUACGAUACUGUCGAUCCAGGCACUUGGUAUUGGAUCCACCCUCGCCGAAGAACGAGAACGAAAUACGCCAAUACAUCAGCUGCUUCCGGACCAUCGAUAACCAAAGAGUGCUGACAGCGAUGUCCCAGAAGGUGGAGCCCCGGAGGUCGUAAGGCGCGGAACCCGGAAACGAUGACUGACGGAAGGCGAAACAAUGUGACCAACAACGGGCUAAAGGUUUGACCAUUACAUCCCCACACUCACACGCACACUCGAAAAGAUACACAAACUACGUUAGGUGUAUCUGUUUUUUUUUUACUCGACUUGGAGUGAUUCUUCCGUUUUGGAACGACCAUAUAGGGAAGCGAUUUGUACGACUUGUACGGAUUCAGUGAGUGUGUGCGUGUAGUUUUUGUACAGCAUUAUUUCUACCGUGUAAGAUGUUUUUAUCAUGCUGUAAAACAGUAUUUGUAUUUUUUGUUUUAUAAAGAUGUAGACUAACGUGUUAAGGUUAAGUUUCUCGGUAUCUCACAAACAGAGACAAAAACACAUUCUGAACAUAAUCUAAAACUAUUAAUCCAUUAUCUUCUAUUACAAAAUUAGGUUCGUUUUAGUUUAUUCUACCCCAUCAUAAACGAUGUUCGAUUAAGUUGCAACUUUAUUUAUUCUUCAAUAAAGUGUCUAAUCCUUCGCACUAUUA